AUGUGCUGCAGGAGAUUUCGAGAAACGGUGACGGACGAGGACGGAGAUCAUGUGCCUUUGAUAAAAACUUGGGCGGCGGACUUGUUCUUUGGGAUUCUCAUUGUUGUAAGUGCUCUAUUGUUGGGAGUUGACAUUGAACUGAGCCUCCAACAGAUCAAUACAUUCAAAGAUGUGCUCUUUUGGAUUGAGUUUGGUUUUUUAGUGAUGUUUGUGGUGGAGUUGAUCAUGCGCGUGUGGGUUGAUGGGUGCAAGUACUUUUUGUUUUUUCCCAAUUUGUUGGACACCUUCAUCAUUGGAUGCUCUGUUGUGGAGUACAUUGUCAUUGCUGCAGUUGGUGAUGAUGUGGAGAUCAGCGCUUUGUCCUUGAUGAGGAUCUUUCGCCUUCUGCGGAUUCUCAGAGUGAUUCGCCUUAUUCGAGUCUGUCCAAAGCUCUACAGGAUCUGCACCAGCUUGGUAGCGGCGGUUCGAGCCGUUUCUUGGGUUUUCUUGCUGCUGUUCGUCUUCAUGUACAUAUCUGCUCUUAGUUGCACCGUUUUACUUUCAAACUCACAAGUCCCUUUGAUUCGUGAUAAUUUUGGUGGCGUUUUCCCAAGUUUAUACAUUCACUUUGUGAUACUGACAGUGGAGGGAUUUCCGGAGCUUGUGGCUGCAAUUGCAGAGGAGAGUGGCUGGCUUUGGUACAUCUACUUUUGCUGCUAUAUCCUCUUCACCAAUGUCAUGGUCAUGAACACUGUCACAGGUGUCAUUUGCCAAACAGUCGUGUCGCAGGGCAGCGCGGAUCCUGGCGCCAAGGCACAGUGCUUCAAGGAAUUUGACAAGCUGAAAGAGGUAGUUCUGGAUUGCAUGCUUCUGGAAGGUCUCAGCUAUGAUGUCCAUGAUGAGAUGAGUUUCGAGGUUUUCCAGCAGGUGAUGCGCAACCCAGGUGUUCGCGCGUCUUUCGAUGCUGUCGAAGUUUGCUUGGACCUCGAAGAAGAACAGCUGUUCAACAUCAUCGAUGAAAAUGGAGAUGGGAAGUUAAGCUUUGAAGAGUUCUUCCUUAGCCUAUGGCGGCUUCGAGGGAGCAAAGAGCGAUUACAUUCCCUCUUGGUACAGUCAGACAUCGUGCAUACACACAAGAGGAUGAGGGACCGAGUGGCACAGAUGUCAGAGGAUCUUCAAGCUUGCAGCUCUCAAGAAUGUGAGAUGCGGGGAUGCCAAAUUCUUGAUUGCUUCAGUUGCUUCUGGCAAAAGCUUGCCCUUUUGGUCCUGACUUUGUGCCACUCGUUUUGCCCAAACUUCAUGCUACAUGUGCCCAGAGAACACACGUUGCUUGGUGAUUUUGGUGCCCUUGAUUACCUUUCUUGGCUACAUGCUUAA